AUGAGCGAUUCUGAUGACGAAGAUUGUCAUGUUGAUGAGGUCAAUUUUGUCAAGCCGAAGCCAAGUUUCGUCGAAAUGCGUCUAUCAAAUCUCAGCGAAGUUAAGGACGCUGUGACGGUUGAGUCGAACAGACCAGAAAGCAUAGCUGCUUCAUCAGAUCGAAGCAGUAAACGUACAGUAAAACAGAAACGGAAACUGCGAAAAGCUGACACAAACAUUGUUAGUGUUCAAUUCAAUCGACUACUGGAAUCAACCGAAAUGCAUGCAGGAGACGUCAUCAAAUGCAAUGAGUGCGGUGUAAUUGCUUCGCAUUUGAGCAAAAUCAAGCAGGCUGAGCCUCAGCAACAAUCAGAUGCCGAUAAUGAGAGCGGAGAACAGUUACCACAAUCAUUAUGGGAGUGUGAGUUUUGCAAGCACGCCAAUGCAACCGAUAUUGAACAAACGGAUUUGCCAAAACAAGAAGAUGUCACCUAUCUUGUUGCGCCUGCACCAGCUGUACAUGGUGCCGAUAUGACUGGUGUUGAUAAUUCAAUUGUCAUAUUUGUCAUCGACAUCUCCGGAUCAAUGUCGACAACAACUCUCAUUAAUGGGACAUUUCAAAUGCCGAAUGCUCUUAAUAAACAGCAACGAAUGACUGAGAAUUUUGGUGGUGCACGCAUGAUUCGUCAACAUAAUCAAACAUACGUCACUCGUCUCCAAGGCGUUCAAAUGGCUGUUGAUUCCAAUCUUGAGAAGCUUAUGAAAGAACACCCGACGAGACGUGCAGUUUUACUAACAUUUAAUUAUGAAUUAACAUAUUACGGUGAUGGAUCAAAAGAGCCGCUGGUUAUUCGCGGAGACAAAUUGAAUUCAAAAGAAGAGCUGAUUCGAGAAGCCGAACAAGAGAAUAACCAUGAAUUGAAACCAAUUAUCGAAACGAAGAAGAAGUUGGUUGAUCGUAUCUACGAUCUUGAAGAAGGCGGUCAAACAGCACUCGGUCCUGCCGUCAUGUUUGCUCUUUACAUUGCAUCAAAACGUCAAGGAUCAAAAAUUGUCCUCUGCACAGAUGGUUUGGCGAAUCGAGGCAUUGGAAGUUUAGAAGUUGCAAAUGACGAAACAUCAGACGAGAUUGAGAAAGAGCGAUCAAUCGAGGAGGGAAAUCAGUUUUACGGUCAAAUAACGGAUCUGGCGAGAGAUAAAGGCAUUUCAAUAUCCGUAAUCACAAUCAAAGGUACAACAUGUCUGUUACCCAUAAUCGGUCAGAUGGCUGAUGGCAGCGGUGGUCAAGUGACAGUCGUUGAUCUUAUGAAUAUUCGCGAUGAAUUUGCAACGAUUCUCGAACAACAAGUCAUCGCAUCGAACGUUCAAGCCACGCUCAUCGUUCAUCGCGGACUUUAUAUUCGUAAUCCGGAAAAUAAUGAGGAAAAACUGAACAAAAGUGAACGUGAUAUUGGAAAUGUGACCAAGGAAACAGAAAUAACGUUCGAAUUUGGUGUUCGAAAUAAACAAGAAUUAAAAGCUUUACAUGGCAUCGACUUUAAUCAGUUAAAGCAAUUCCCGUUUCAACUACAAGUAUUAUACACAGCUGCCGAUGGCACCAAAGCACUUCGCGUAUUAACACAAUUGAAAGAGGCAACCGAAAAUCGUGAAAUUGCUGAACAGAAUGCCGUUCGAUCAGUAAUUGCAGAGAAUCAUAUUCGUUCGACUGCACAUAAUAUGAUGAAUAUUGACGACGACGACGACGAUAUGGAUUAUCGUGGUAAAACACGGUAUGCUUCGAACGUUUUUCAGAAACAACAGCAAAAAUAUAUUACAAAUUUAAAUAAGCGAGUAAAGGACGGGAACGCUGAUGAAUUUAACACAGGACGUUGGGAUAAAGCCUCGAAGGAACUUCAUUCUCAUGUCAAACAAGCAAAAUCUCAUAAAAGAAUGAAUAAUCGAGGACGGCAGGAACACGAAUAUACAGGUGCUAAAGUACCGAUAGUUUCCACUAGUCGUGAUGGUGAUACCUCUACCACAGCUUUUUCAUCAGCUUCAAUGGUUUCUAGCAAACAAUCUGAAGCACCAUCUAAGCCACGCUCGUACGGUUUUACGGCAAAAAACGCGCGUGUCUUCAGCGAUAUUGGUUCGUCGAAAAUGUAUCAAUACAAACAAAUGAACACAAAUUUUCUUCGUUCAUCGAGUCCACCAUCUGGUUUGAGAAACGAAUCAGAAGAAGAAAAGCCACAGAAGAAGAAAACUAACAUUCAAGAAGAGGAGGAUGAGGAUGACGAUGAGGAUGAAUGGGAAGAAAGAAAAAAGGAUGCCAAACGAAAAUAA